AUGCAGGUGCCGGCGACGCUCGAAGGUGGAGUGCACGAUGGGCUGAUGCUGAAAGGAGAGGCAGGGGCAGGUGGGCACAGGGUGAGGAAUGAUGGGCUUGAAAUUGGACAAAUCAGAGCGCUAAGAUGGGAAGGGUGGGAAUCGUCCGAUCAGAGAGAGCAAAGUGGACUUUCGGGCGACUUUGGCCUGGGCGCCUAA